GAAUACAAUAUUCUUGCCAGUUUAGCACACUGGAUAUUACUUGCGGGAUAUCUGGUUAUUCCCGGAAUAUUUAUAUUAUUGCAGAAGUCAGAUACACUGAAACAAGGGCUGUUAAAAGAUAAAACUAGGGAGGCUAUUCUAAACACUAUACAGAAUCCACCGCUACUAGCCACAGCUAGUGUCCUCUUUAUGAUUGCGGGGCUUUUAACAACUAUCGUCAAUAUAUACACAGCAAAAGACGGCGAUUGGUCAAUUAUAGCGCUUUUGACUUUCGUGGCUUUAAGUCUGUCUGUGGCCUCCUCUGCUUUUCUUAUAUAUAUAUAUAAGUUUAGAAAGCUUAAGAUAGUUAUAGAAGAACAUUAUCGUGAGAUUGAAGCUCAGAUUAACAGGUAUAUCCCAAAACUGGCGCGACUACUUUACGGUGCUAAAGAUGCCUUGUAA